GGAUGGUGUUCUCCCCCACGUCGUGUGACUCCGAGAACUCCUUUUAAGCAGUAGGGGGGGCCUGCCCUGUCUGGGGGGGCGUGGCCAGCGAUGGAGAGCAGCAUGGAUUCCCGACUCACUGGGAAGAGAAUGGGUUCUGUCAGCAGUAUUGUCGCCUCUGCCAGGCUGGAGUCGUACGAAGCGGCGGAUAAGAAGUGCAUUUCUGACGUGAGGAGGACCUUCUGCCUCUUCGUGACCUUUGACCUGCUGUUCAUCACCAUGCUCUGGAUCAUAGAGCUCAAUGUGAAUGGCAGCAUUCAGGCACAGCUGGAAAAAGAGGUUCUGCAAUAUGACUACCAUGCCUCUUUCUUCGACAUUUUUCUUCUGGCUGUCUUCAGGUUCUCUGCUCUUAUCUUGGCUUACGCCAUCUGUAAGCUCCGUCACUGGUGGGCCAUCGCUAUCACCACUGCAAUCAGCUGUGCCUUCCUGAUUGUAAAAGUCAUUUUGUCAAAGUUGUUGAGUCAGGGGGCGUUCGGGUACCUGCUGCCCAUCAUGUCCUUCGUGUUGGCCUGGAUCGAGACGUGGCUGCUCGACUUCAAGGUGCUGCCUCAGGAGGCCGAAGACGAGAUCAGAUAUCAGCCCUUCGUGGACUCGGUAGAGCGCACGCCUGUCAUGGGUCCAGGGCCUCUGUCCGACAGACAGACGGACGGACAGUUCUACUCUCCACCGGAGUCACUGGCAGACUCCGACGAGGAGCUGGAGGACAAACAUGACCCAGAGAAAGGGCUGAUUCAUCAGGUGACCUAACAGUUGGUCUGGGGCGACGCAGCAGAAACCACUUCCUCUUCUUUCCAGCCUCACCUUGUUUUUGUUUUUUGUUGCCUCUGUCAGACCGGCUCAUCCUCAAGAUGAACUCUGCCUUACAUCCUCUACAUUUUUUGUUAUUUUGUAUUUUUUUUAAAAGUGGCCAUAAAAACACCUCAUUUCCUUCACGUGAACUUUGAAAAAAAAUGCUGCUUAUGAAGCUGUUAUAUGUCAUGAUUUGUGCUUAAUUUGAGAAUUUUUGUCUACAUUUACGGAUUUUCAGAGGGAUUUUUUUUAAAAAAGCACUUUGAGUUCAGCUGAAUCCAGCUCUUUUAAACGCAGUAUUCCUGAUUGAACGUUAACUGUGUCACUGUCACUAUGAUGUUUACUGUUUUCACCUGCCUGCUUUGAAUUCACUGUAAAGGAUUAAAGCUGCUCGCACUCUGGAAAAUGAAGAAAACGCAGCAGCAGCGGAAACUUGCAUGGACGCUUCACGAAUGUUGUUUACUUUAUGACAAAGAAAAAAAAGCAUUGUGUGAAAUGAAAAAAUGAUGCAUUUAUUUAAGCUCCUGCAGGAUAUCUGGAGCUGCUAUAACAGAGGAAACGUAGAAACGUUGAUCCACGCUUUGUAGGCUCACAGCUCACUUUUCCAUGAGAAGAAUCUGUUCAAGAUGCAACCAUUAAAGUGUGAAACUUUGUGUUUUUCAUA